GAUGCAUUCCGCCAAACCACUCCCUAACUCGCCGUCGCCUCUCCAAUUCCCGUCGCCGGUCACCCUCCUUCAGGCGACCAGAAUCCUCUUUCCGGCGUCCCCAAUAAUCCCCAGGGCCGCCACAUCCAUCUCCGGCCGCCGCCACAAUCAGACAUCGCUUCCGCCGGCGGAGGGCGACGAUGACUCCGUCGCCGCGUUCUGGGACUACCAGUUUCUGUUCGUGUCGCAGCGAUCGGAGACCGCAGAGCCGGCCGUGCUCCGGGCGGUGGACGGCGCGGUGCCGGCGGACUUCCCCGGCGGCACGUACUACCUGGCCGGGCCGGGGCUGUUCGCCGACGACCACGGCUCGACGGUGCACCCGCUGGACGGCCACGGUUACCUGAGGGCGUUCGGUUUCGAGAACAAGGAGGUGAAGUUUACGGCGAAGUACGUACGGACGGAGGCGCAGAUGGAGGAGCACGAGGCGGCGACUGACACGUGGCGGUUCACUCACCGGGGGCCGUUCUCGGUGCUGAAGGGAGGGAAGAGGUUGGGGAAUACGAAGGUGAUGAAGAACGUGGCCAAUACCAGCGUUCUCCGCUGGGCCGGCCGCCUGCUCUGCCUCUGGGAGGGCGGCGAUCCCUACGAGAUUCAACCCGGAUCGUUGGAUACGAUCGGGAAAUUCUCGGCCGUUGAUGUUGAUGACGACGAUGAUGGUGGUGGUGGAUGUGGACGCGGUGGUUCGCCACGUCACGGCGCUGAUUUAUGGCGUUUUGUUGCGCGGCUUUUGAAGCCUUUGCUCCACGGAGUAUUUAAGAUGCCGCCCAAGAGGCUGUUGUCUCAUUACAAGCUGGACGCCCAAAGGAAUCGGCUUCUCAUUCUCUCAUGCAAAGCUGAAGACAUGCUUCUUCCCACCAGCAAUUUCACUUUUUAUGAAUUUGACAGUAAUUUCAAGUUGUUACAGAAGCAAGAUUUUGUGAUCGAUGAUCACUUGAUGAUCCAUGAUUGGGCUUUUACUGAUACUCAUUAUGUCAUCUUUGCUAAUCGAAUUAAGCUCGACGUCAUUGGUGCAAUGGGAGCGGUUAGCGGAAUAUCUCCAAUGAUAUCAGCAUUAUCGGUGAACGGAAGCAAAGCCACGUGUCCAGUUUAUUUGCUUCCGAGAUUUGCGGAGGACGGAAAUAGAGAUUGGAGAGAGGCUGUGGAAGUUCCUUCAAGGCUUUGGCUACUUCAUGUGGGCAAUGCCUUUGAGGUUAGAGAUGAUGACGGCAACUUGGACAUCCAAAUCCAUGCUUCUGCUUGCUCUUAUCAAUGGUUCAAUUUCAAAAGGUUAUUUGGUUAUAAUUGGCAGAGUGGAAAACUUGACCCUUCCAUUAUGAACCUGGAUGGAACCAAAACUCAACUCUUGCCUCGCCUUGUCAAGGUUUCCAUCAGUUUAAGUAAGAAUGGGAAGUGUGAAAAGUGCAGCGUGGAGCCUUUGAACCAAUGGACCAAAGCCUCAGAUUUUCCGGCGAUAAACCCUACAUUUUCAGGGCUAAAGAACAACUACUUAUACGCUGCAACUUCCUCUGGUAAUCGAAGGUCACUCCCGUCGUUUCCGUUCGAUACGGUGGUCAAACUCAACACCGUCACCAACUCCGUCCGCUCGUGGUAUGCGGGUAAUCGGAGAUUCGUCGGAGAACCUGUUUUUGUUCCCAAAGGAGAUGAAGAGGAUGAUGGAUAUGUUCUUGUGGUCGAGUAUGCAGUAUCAAUUCAAAGAUGUUAUCUUAUUAUUUUGGAGGCUAAAAAAUUUGGAGAAGCUGAUGCCAUGGUAGCAAAACUUGAAGUCCCAAAGCAUCUGAAUUUCCCUCUUGGAUUCCAUGGUUUUUGGGCAGCCAAUUCCUAAGGCAAGAUUUCAUAUUGCUGCAAGAAAAAAAAAGGUUGUAAUUUGCUAUCUUGGGAGAUAGAGUAUUUGUGCAGAUAAAACUUUAUGUCGCGUCGAGAAAAUAUUCGUCGCAAUAGCUUCGAAUUCUUGUAGUGUGUCUAUUGCACCAUGGUGUUAUAAAUAUGUACAUGUAAAUUUAUACUGUUGAUGUUUAAUGUAGAUUAGUGGAGGAAUUAUGGUCCCUCUAUCUUUUUUUUC